AUGGCCAAGUUCACCUUUCUGCUGGCACUUUGCGCCUCCCCAGUGUUUGUUCAUGCCUUUCCGGCUGCUGUCCAGGAGACCCUCGAUAGUCACAACAUUGCCCUCACCACCGACGAUAUUGCGCGUCUAGCACGCCGCGACGACGGCGACUGCCCGGAUGCUUCAGGCAAGACCUCAGCUCAAGUGAACAGAGACAACGACGGUGUCGGCUCCUAUAUCGAGUCCUGUGGAAACAAUGGCUACGCAGGAAAUGGUGCAUGCUGGACCGAUAUCUACGUGACCAAGGCUCAAACCCGGUGGCAACCGUGGCAGGAGAACUCUGCCAACCUGAACUGCGCCGAUUCACCAACCUGUUCCAUCACCCACCUUGAAUCUGUGGAAGGAUGCGCAACAUGGGAGAGUACUACAGGCUUUAGUGCCGGUAUCACGGAUGGCAUUAUCUCCAUUGGCGCGGAAGCUACCGAGUCAAAAGGUGGUUCUGAGUGCACCACUAGCAGUGAUAGCUAUCUUUGUGAAUGGGAUGAUAAGGGAUGCCACAAAGUCGUUGCGACCUACCAAGUUGUUCAAGUUGUUGGCUAUGUCCGCCGCACUUGUAAGCAGCCCAACCGCGACGAUCAGACCCAGCGCCCUGACGGAUACUAUACGCGGGGCUGGCAAGGCUGGCACGUGGAUCUCCCCACUGGAAAGUGGGAGUACAGCUGCAAGUACGAUUGUGGCACAGAUGUCAGUCUGAAGACCGAUGAGCUGCCCGACAACGGACCCGUGAAGACCGUUUAA